UUGUCUUAUCAGAUUUCCUUUUGAUAUCUGCAAAAGACAUGACAGAUAAAGUGUCCUAAUUUUUAUCCUCUCUUAAAUUUUAAAAAAACCGUCAGUGGAUGAAAAAGUGAGAGUCUACUGUCUAGAACACUUAAAAGUCUAAAACGUCAGGCAUGAAUUGAGAGCCUUUUCUUGACUUUCUUCUCCAUUAUAAAACUAAGACUACUCUCUGGCAUACGUUCUAUCCCUAUAGGUGCUCUUAUCCCCAUUUACUCUACCAAUAUCUGAUAUACGCCCUCCCUCACACUGCUUCCCAUGGAUCCUCCUCUUCCUGCUUCUGCAAUUUCAAUUCCCCAGCCUGCCCAUAUUUCUACUAGUGAAGAAGCCCAGUCAGAGACUCGUUUAUCUCAGCUAAAACUCUAUGACAUGAUAUUCGGCCUAUCUAAGCCCAUGGCUCUCAGGGCUGCUGUUUUGCUGAACAUUCCGGACAUAAUUGCUGAGGCUUCAGGCUGUCUUACCCUAGAGGAAAUUGCUGCCCAUAUUUCAGCCUCCACCGAAAGUCCUCCUCACAUAGAAUAUCUGUUUCGUCUUCUGAGAUUUCUAGCCUCCCACCAAGUCUUUACUGAGAUCCCACACCAGGAGGACUUCAAGCAAUCUAGAUAUGGCCUCACAGGCCUAUCCAAAUUGCUUGUUAAGCAAAGAAGUAAAGGAGGUUUGAGCUCUGGUGUGUCCAAGCAAAAUUGUGUUCCACUUUUGUUGGUAUGCACCAACCAUUCUGCCUAUCAGGGAUGGAUGCAUCUACACGAAUCUGUGUUAGAAGGUGGCUGUGCCUUCGAAAAGGCUUUUGGUAUGAGUAUGUGGGAGUACACUGUAAAGAAUCCUGAAGAGAACAAGGCAUUUAACGAGGCCAUGUCCAGUGACACUCGGGCUGUCAUGUCUUCCGUUGUGAAUAUUUACGAGGAGGGAUUUAAGAAGAUAACUUCUUUGGUUGAUGUUGGCGGAGGUGUGGGCUCUGCCUUGUCCAUUAUUGUGGAGAAUUACAAACACAUUAAAGGAAUUAAUUUUGAUCUACCUCAUGUCAUUGCUUCUGCAGUUCCUAUUCCUGGAGUAGAGCACGUGAGCGGUAACAUGUUUGAACAUAUACCACGAGGUGAUGUAAUCUUUUUGAAGUGGAUUUUACAUGAUUGGGAUGAUGAUGAUUGUGUAAGAGUGUUGAAAAGGUACCAUGAAGCUACACCAGAAAAUGGAAAAGUUAUAAUUUUGGAUGCCCUUAUUGUUGAGGGGAAAAAAGAUGAAAAUGAGGAAGAAAAUUUUCUAAGGGGUGUAGGAUUGGCAUUUGAUUUGGAUAUGAUGGUAUUUAACAAUGGUGGAAAGGAGCGAACAGAGAUGGAAUUUAAAAAACUUUUUACCAAAGCAGGUUUCAACAACUACACCAUCUUCAAAUUACCAUCUAUUCAAACCAUUAUUGAAGUUUCUAAAUUCUAAAUUAGAAGAGUUUGAUAUUAUAUAUUAUGAUAGAAAAUGAUUUAGAUUCAUGGUAAGAUAAUUAUUCUAUAAUUAUCUUAUUGGUGAUGUAUUAGAUACAUUUAUAUGGUCCACAUAUUGUUAUACUUAUUAUAUAGAUACACUUCCAUCAUUACAUAAUGGAAUGUCAAAAGAAUCAUUGUUUAUA